AUGAACAACAAUUGGCUUUCUUUCCCUCUCUCACCUUCUAAUUCUUCCUUACCUUCAAAUGAUCUUCAAGCAACUCAAUAUCAUCACUUUCCUCUUGGAUUAGUCAAUGAAAACAUGGAAAACCCUUUUCAAAAUCAUGAUUGGAAUCUGAUGAACAACCAUAGCAACAAUGAAGUACCAAAAGUUGCAGAUUUUCUUGGUGUGUGCAAGUCUGAAAAUAACUCAGAUCUUGCUGCAACUGAUGGAAUUCAAUCAAAUGAUUCAGAUAACUAUAUGUUUACAAAUAGCAAUAGUCUCAUGCCAAUGCAAAACCAAAUGAUAACAACUUGCACCAAUGAGUAUCAAGAAAAGGGUAAUAACAGUAACUUGCAAUCUUUGACAUUAUCCAUGGGCAGUGGUAAGGAUUCAACAUGUGAAACUAGUGCCAGUGGUGACAACAAUAGUACAAACACCGUUGAAGCAGCGGUUCCUAAAAGAACUUCAGAAACCUUUGGUCAAAGAACUUCAAUAUAUCGCGGUGUAACUAAACACAGAUGGACUGGAAGGUAUGAAGCUCACCUUUGGGAUAACAGCUGUAGAAGGGAAGGACAAUCAAGAAAAGGUCGUCAAGGUGGAUAUGAUAAAGAAGAGAAAGCUGCUAGGUCUUAUGAUUUAGCUGCACUUAAGUAUUGGGGGACAUCCACCACUACUAACUUUCCUGUUAGUAACUAUGAGAAGGAAAUAGAUGAAAUGAAGCACAUGACAAGACAAGAAUUUGUAGCCUCUAUUAGAAGGAAAAGCAGUGGUUUCUCAAGGGGUGCUUCAAUGUACCGUGGAGUUACAAGGCAUCACCAACAUGGAAGAUGGCAAGCAAGGAUUGGCAGAGUAGCCGGAAACAAAGAUCUUUACUUGGGAACUUUCAGCACAGAAGAAGAGGCUGCAGAAGCAUACGACAUAGCAGCAAUAAAAUUCAGAGGACUCAAUGCUGUAACUAACUUCGACAUGACUCGUUACGACGUGAAAGCCAUUCUUGAAAGCAACACACUUCCUAUUGGAGGAGGUGCUGCAAAAAGACUGAAAGAAGCACAAGCUCUAGAAACCUCUAGAAAACGUGAAGAGAUGAUGGCACUCACCUCAUCAUCUUUUCAAUAUGGAGCAUCAAGCUCUACUAACACAAGGCUUCAACCUUACCCUCUCACUUAUCAUUAUCCAUUUGAACAACAACCUCAACCUCAACCUCAACCUUUGUUAACCUUACAAAACAACCAUGAAAACAUGUCUCAAUUCUCUCAACACCAAGGUGGAGGUUAUUUCCAAACACAGCUGGAGUUGCACCAACAACAAAACCAACCAACGUCUCAGAAUAAUAAUAUUGGUUCGUUCUACAAUGGUUAUUUUCAGAGUCAUCAUCCUGGUUUGUUUCAGAUGAAUAACAUGGGGUCUUCUUCUUCAUCUUCUGUGAUGGGAAAUAAUGUUAGUGGUGGGUCUGGGAUUUACAGUAAUAGUGGAGGGUUGAUGGGUAAUAAUAAUGCUGCGGGAACUGUGGAGGAAUUUGUUCCGGUUAAGGUUGAUUAUGACAUGCCUGAUGGAAGUGGUGGUUUUGGUGGCUGGUCGGCUGCCGGAGAGAACAUGCAGGCAUCAGCUACGGCUGAUUUGUUUACCAUGUGGAAUGACUAUGAAACAAGAGAGAAUUAG